UGCAGGGAAGCAUUCACAAGCUCUUAUGCCAGCAUCCAAUAUGUCGGAUUUUACAUUUAUUAUAGUUGUAUGAAAACGUGCCGAUCAACUCGCCUCUUUGGUUGCUCAGUUCAGCUGUUGUCAGUUUCUCUGCUGGGGUGAAAUCUUCACUGUGGGGUGAUGGACAAGGAACGGAGAGCCUCAAACCAGUACGGGUCGCUGGAAUGCACUAAAUGGAAUACGGAGACCGAAAAAGUGACAGGCGACAAAACAGAGGAGGACGUGGUGUCCAUGGCAGACUCCACCAUCACUAUAGAUGACAUCGAGGGGGAGCUCUUUAAGAUCGAGCGCAUCCGUGAUGCAUUGGUGAGACGCGAGUCUGAACUGAGAUACAUGAUGGAUGACAUUCAGCUCUGUAAGGAGAUCACACGGCUGAAGAAGGAGCUCCAGAAGCUGGUGUCCAUUCCAGAUAAUGACAAAUCAAAUGAAGACAAACAGAAGGAAGAGGAGCUGCUCUUGCAAAUCCACAAGCUGGUGGAGACCAGGGACUUCCUGGUGGAUGACGUGGAGUUUGAAAGACUGAGGGAACGUGAGGAAGACAAAGAAAUGGCUGAUUUCCUGAAGUCAAAGUUCCCCAAGAGCUCCAAGAACAGAGAUCCAUUGUCCAACCGCAGACUGGCGUCCCGGGCCCAGCGGUCCUCCUCCUCCCCGUUCGUCACUAAGACGGGGCUGACCCUGCUGAAGGAGUGCUGCGGCUUCACCUGCUCCGUCAUGUAGGGGGCGCAGAGGCAUCGGCACGAGGUGCCACCGCAGGCCCACUGGCUGGUUGUGCCACCACAGCACCCGAUAUGCAUGCCACUUGUGCUGCCCGUCCAGUGCACAGAGAGGGUUUCCCUUGAGAGUUGUCUUUGUGUUUGUACAGUCUCUCUCUCUCUCUCUCUCCCACUCUCUCUCUCUGUCUUUCAUCUCUCUCUCUCUCUUUCUCCCACUCUCUCUCUGUCUUUCUUCAUCUCUCUCUCUCUUUCUCCCACUCUCUCUCUGUUUUUCUUCAUCUCUCUCUCUUUCUCCCAUUCUCUCUGUCUUUCUUCAUCUCUCUCUCUGUCUCUCUCUCUCCCCUCUAUAUCUGCACAUCUAUUGGCUGUUCAUUUCCUCCAGUGGAUUCAGCUGUCAGACACUCUGCUGACGUUGCUUUCAUCCUCGUCCCCCCGCUCUCAUUUCCCAGAAGGCAUUGCAGCAGUCUGUUGCAUCUCUGUUGUUCUGGCUUCUGUCGUUUGUCAUUUUUAGAGACUCUCUUGUGGUGGCCUCUCCUAAAGAUCCUCAUACAUGUACAAACAUCCAGGCAGUACUGUUUUAAAUACAGUAAUAGGCAUCAUUACCGCCUCAAGGAUUAUUUGUCAUUCUAAUAACUCAUUUUUGUGGCCAUUAAAAGAAACCAGGAACCAGACUAAUCAUCAUGCAGAAAGCAUUACUGUCCUAAUUUAGCACAAAUCAGUGACUUAACUGCAUUGAACUGACGUGACUGCCACUGUAGCUGUUCUCUCUGCAGCUACUGUUGGUCCUCAUUAACAGGCAGCAGCAGCAUCCAGCACAAUUGAUCAAAAUAUUUAAAAGUGAAUCUUCUGUAAACAUGUUAAUGUAUUCAGAGCUUCGUUUCUGAUUUAGGAGUGCAGUGAUUAAUUCUGAGACUGCUUGGGUAAAAUUAGGAAAAGCCUUAAGUCCAGCAGUAUCAUUAACAUAACAGGUAUUUAACUUCCAUUACACAUAGGGGUGCACUGACUGGACCUUGUUAAAUCUAAUUGGAUAUAAAUGACCUGAAAUGAAAGUUUAAUGUAUCAGAUUAUUGAAAGCCAGACAACCGUUUGUGCCAUUUUAACACUGUUUUAUGCUAGGCUGUUCCCCUUAAAGGACAGUUGAUCUCACCAGUGCCGGCCCGAGCCUUUUGGGGGCCCUAAGCAGAAUUUGAUUUGGGGGCCCCCUCCCACAACGCAGAGUCACCUGUGCUUGGCGAUAAUUGAC